AUGCAUGAGAUGUUGAAAGCCGAAAGUACCGUAAAAGAUAUUGAUGACACCGAAAAAAAUGGUAAUGAUUUAUUGUGUACAGUAUGCGGUGAUCAGGCAACAGGUCGACAUUAUGGAACGAUUGCAUGUAAUGGAUGUAAAGGUUUCUUCAGGCGAACUAUUCGACGUGGUUAUAGAUAUACGUGUCGCUUCAGUAAUAAUUGCAAUAUUGAUAAACAUAAUCGAGCAGUUUGCCGCUCAUGUCGCUAUAUGCGUUGUGUUAAUGCUGGAAUGAAAAUAGAUGCAGUGCAAAAUGAGCGUGACGUAAUCGGUAGACGGAAUCGUACUCCGUCAACAUCGUUACCCUCGACGAGUGUCAUCGCUGCUGUAGCGCAAAGUACUACCAGUAAUGGAUUAUCGAAUAUAAAGUUAGAACAGACUAAAACAACAACCAAUCGGAAGCAAUCUUCUCGCAAUGGGCAAUUUACGGUUUCUUCAACAACUUCUUCCUCGUCUUCCUCAACAAUUUCAACAUUACCAUCAUGGGAUACGCCACGAUCAUUGUUGGAAAGCCUUCUUUUAUCUGAGAAAAAAAUGCAAAGUUUGAGAGAAACAAUUAUGAAGCAAACCGAUGUCCCAUUAUGGACAAAAAAUCAAUUGUAUGGGACGAGUGAUGCUGGCCGUACAGCAACCAUUAAGGAUAUUUAUACGAGUAUUCACAGUCAGUUAUUACUUGUAAUCGAAUGGGCUAAAACUCUCUCUCCGUUUGCAGCACUCUCAACUGAUGAUCAGACAGCACUGCUAAAGAAUUACGCUUCACAGCAUAUUAUUCUCGGUGUUUCAUACCGUUCGAAAGAUAAUUCCGAUUUUCUGAAAUUACUUAACGAUUCAUGCAUACCGCGUUGUGGUGAUCAUGAUAGUACAGAAUAUCUCGAAAAUAUCUAUUUUCGAGAUUGUGAACGCAUUAUGGAUCAACUUGUUGCACCAAUGAAAUUUCUCAAAAUUGAUGACGUUGAAUUUGUUGCAUUAAAAGCUUGCGUUCUAUUCAAUCCCGUAGCAAAAGGAUUAUCAAGUGGAAGCGUUAUGGAUAUUUUAGCAACCCGUCGACGUAUAUUUGCAGCAUUGGAACAUUAUGUUAGCAUGAAAAUUCCAAGUGAUGUUAACAGAAUUGGUGAUCUUACAUUUUUUAUAUUAUCACCAUUGCAGGCAUUAGCUAAUGCAGUUUGUGAGGAUGUCCUAGUAUUCAAAUUAUCAGGUGUCGCAAAUAUUGAUCAAUUAAUGGAAGAAUUAAUUUUAACCGAAACAAAAGAACGAAAAAUUUCUGAUCGUUUAAAUUCUGAAUGUUUAUUGAUGAAAAAUUUAUAUGCGGAAAGAUUGAAAGCAUCGAAUUUAAGCAAUUCAAUUUCGUACGAUGAUAUGGAAAGUCCUCUUUCAAAUCAAUUAAACAAUACUUCCAAUACAUCAUCACCUGCUGUUGACAUAAUUAAUGAUUUCGACGAGUCAUCAUAUCGUAGAUAUUCACCAACGGUCAAUACACCAUUAUCAUUUACUAUCGAUCCAUUUAAAAGUAAUCCAUCAUCACCAAUCCAACUGCAAUCGACCAAUGUCUCCGAUAUCAAUUCGCCAUCAUAUUUAUCAGCUUGGACAGCAUCAUCAUCAUCAUCAUCACAUUGUACAGCAUAUCUCGAAAAUGAUGACUAUUAUAUUGCAUCAUCAAUGAAUUUAUGA